CAGAUCUGCGCCGGAUGUGACGUCACUUCACCGAGUAAAAUGGCGGCGUUAAAACUAGUCCGGAGUUAUUUAAAAUCUUGGAUAGAGGUUUUGUGAAGUGAAUUCUUCACAUAAUUUAUCUGAAUCGCAUCAAAUAUUGUGUAACUGAGACUGGCGGCAAAUCAUAACAUUUAUAAUACAUUGUUCCAUGUGUGGUUUUGUUAGUACUCGUUAGAAAGCGGUGCAGUAACUCCGGUUAUACUUUGUUGGCCAGUGCUUUAGCACAGAUUAGCCAUGUAGCAUUUGUGAGUGAUAGUGAGGGCUGCACAUUUGUUUGUUUUGAUCUUCAUGUGUUAUUAUAAAAAUGGACAUACUAAAAGACGAUGAGCUCAAGUAUAAACCCGGGGGCCGUUUGGACAUGAGCCACGGCUUUCUGCACCAUAUUCGGAGGAACCAGAUUGCCAGAGACGACUAUGAUAAGGAGGUGAAGCAGGCCAAAGAGCUGCAGAGGAGGAGACACACCACAGUGCCCAGACGCCCACGCAGACCGGACAUUCAGGUCUACCAUCCCAAACGCAGAGAUGGUUCGAGGGCAGAUCCAGGAGGCGAGGCAGAUGAGUGCAGCGACAGCUCUGGUUCACACGCGGAAGGGGAGGGGCCUCUGGAAGGCGAGGGGCCUGUGGAGGGGGAGGGGCCUGCUGAAGGAGAGGGGCCCACGGAGCUGUUCUGGCUGGACUAUCAGGCCGACUGUGGAAGUGUGACCUCGGUCCUGGUGCACAAGGAGGACAAACCAGAGAAGGUGGUGGAGCGCGUGGCACAGAAGAACAUUUUAGACGAGGCCAUGAGAGCAGCUCUGAGGGCCCGCGUCCAGAAUGAGAUGGACAAGAGACGGGACAAGUGCUGACAGUGGGCACACACAGGGGACACACACACCGAGGACACACACCGAGGACAUGUCCAGACGAGCCCUGACAGUGGACACACAUGUGGGAUCAUAGACUGCAUAUAGAAAUGAACUAAGGAACGCCAUCCUGGUCAGCUCCAGGCAAAACAAGGCGAAUAGUUCCAGCAGAUCAUUUGGAGCCUAUUUCUGUGUUUGAAAGUGGAAGUGUGCGAUUCAUGGAAACAAAGAGCCAAUCAGGAGAGAGGUUGUUGAAGGUACAGGUGAGGUUGGGAAGGGUUCCCACUCACACAGCUGGUUUGUCAGGGGGCUGUCAAUCAAACCUACUGUUAACACCAGCAGGAGCCAACCUCAGGGACAGACGGCCCCUGAUUGGUCCGUCAGCAGAGGUCACAGAGAGAGGGCUCUGAGUUAUCGGUAGAAAGUGAACUGAAGCUAGAGUCUAUGGUUAUAGGCAGAGGAAACGGACAGGAGACGAGACAAGACCUGACGGUGGGCACACGUGAGGACAGAGGACAUGUCCAAAAGUCUGUGUGUCUCUGUGUCUGUGUGUGUCUCUGUGUCUGUGUGUAUGUGUGUGUCUGUGUGUGUGUGUGUCUGUGUGUGUAUGUCUGUGUCUGUGUGUGUGUGUGUGUUGGAGGGUGGAAGUGUGGGACUGUUUCCUGGAGCUGCUGAGGGGACAGGGUACAAAAGGGACAUGUUUUGGACAAGGACAGUCAUGUGGACACAGCCUGUCAUACGCCACAUGUUUAAAGACAGUGUGUAACUUUUCUGAUGUAGAGUCUGACACCUGGUUCUUUCCUCUAGGAUGAAUGUUCCACAGUGUAGUAUUUAACUUCUGUAUUCAUGGAGCCAUCAGAUCAAAUCACAGGUCAGAUCUGUGGAGAGGCGAGCCCACUCUCAGUUAAAAUGCAUGAAAAUGAAUAUAAACAAUGUAGGUACGUUUAAAAGUCCAAUAUGACAAUAUUUUCUGAUCUGUUCUAAUGUCGUUUCCUCAGCACAGACAGACCUGGACUUGUGUUUUGUUUCACAUGUUUAACACACAAACCUGCACAUUUAGCACGAGUUCUUCUCUCACACAAAGGUACACUGUUCCACCUUGUGAUGUCAUGUGGAAAUAAAGGAAGUGCUGUACUGUGUUUUUAAACUCCACAUACCUUCACUAGAAUCAUCUGGAUGGAAUAGCCAAUUUCUACUGACCUAAAGGAGCUGUUUACUUGAAAACUACCACUUCAUGACAUCACAAGGUGGAACAGAGCAUUGGAGUUUUGGAUAUGUAAACAGACUAAUAAAAAAGAGUUACUCAAGCAUGUGUGAAUGAAACAAAACACAACUCCAGGUCUGUUUUUGAGGAGACCCCAUGUUAUAACAUGACUUAAAGCUCACAGGAGUCAAUGUGUAAUAAGAUCUUUAAUGUCAUUGCACUUCAGUCACAUCAUCAUGGAGACAAGCUGUUGACAGAUCCUCAUCAGACAAGUUCUGUAGUGCACCUUAUUGAAAGUACAGCAAGGACCACAGGAGUCGAGUGGGCUUGUCUUUAAGGAAAAUGAGAACUUAAUUUCAAUGAAACAUCUUCCACCUGAGGGAUGUGGCCAAAUAUUUAGCCAUACUGUAUACAGGCAAAGCCAGAUAAAAGUACUGUUAUGGAAGGGCAUCUGGCUUAAACUUGAGCCAAAGUUCUCACAAGAAGGGUUUUGUUACUCUACAUUUUUGCCAGAAUAUAUAUUCUCUGAAUAUAUAUUAUCCCGUAACUGUGAACAAUAGUGUGAGAUUGUUUCAUUUUAUACAUGUUAUAAUCUCUGAGCCAAACGAGUCUGCGUGUCCAUAAACCAUGUACACUUUUACUUUGUUUAGUUGUCACUACAACUGUCCCCAGGUUUAGCUAAUCUUGAUUUGGCUCAUUGGGCUAAGCUUUCACCCACCAACCAGAGGGUAACCAGUUCAAACUUCAGCCAAGAAAAGUGCUAACUGUUUCAAAGAAAUAUCUCCUCCACGUUGCCCGUGCCACAGUAAAGUACAUCAGGACUGUAUCGUUUCAAGUGUUGGUUACAUUUUGUGUUGUAGAAUUUUUGCAGUAGUUUUUUAUUGUCUGUAAAGGUGUGUUUUUUCAUAUAUUUAUUUGGUGCUUUCUAAAUCCUUUGUAUUUUUGAUACAGUUAUUUCCAUGUAAAAUGGAUUGUGCACAAAAACACUUGUCUGCAGCCAUAUCUGCACUGUAAAUAAACAUGUCUACACCAGCUCACAUGGAGUUCAAAUGGAUGAAAAAUAUUGAUCCGGUAGAGAAGUUCUGAUGAUAAUUUUCACCAAGAUAAUAUGACGAUCCAACUCAAGUAUAAUUGCUCACAUACUUAAAGGUGCUGUACCUGUUUUUCACAGGCUUCAACACAUGAAAAACAGUUUCAAAUUUGAAUUUGUUUGCAGAGGUCUAAAGUUCUUCCUCACUUACUUUAUGCAUUCAGAGCAUCCUAAUUAUUCACUACGAUGAGUUUAUGAGCGUUUUCACAGCUUUCAAACUCCAGGGGUCAAAAGUUUUAGAACACCCUCGUUUUUUUCUGUUAUUUAUUGCAAAUCAAGUCGUGUAAGUCCAAUGAGUCACUUGAAAUGGUACAAAGGUAAAAACUGAACAGACAGAGGUUAAAAAAAGACAAAAGAACAAAACACAAGUCCAAGCUCUGCCAAAACCACUUCAGGAAAAAAGAACAAGAUGAUAAAACUUGAAACCCUGGAGUGUCCAGCAGCACAGUGUCCAGACUUAAACUCCAUGGAACUGGUUUUGGAUGAACUGGACAGAAGAGUGAAGCAACCUACAAGUGCCACACAUUUAUGGAAACUUCUGCAACAGACUUGGGAAGAACUUUCUGAACAAUAUUUGAUUUGUGUUGUAAAAAGAACGAGCCACGAGUGUGUUCAGCUGUUCUAUCUGACAAAGGUCGACACACACGUCAAUCAAAAGUUUAGAAUACGAAAACUGGAAACGGUUUAUAACCCAUGCGUACAUAUAUGCGUACAUGACUUUCUACUUUAAGUUUGUGAUCUGUAAAAAGACAACUAAAUAAACUAUUCAAAUGAGCUGUUACUUCUGUGCUCAGAAACAUGACAA